GAAGCAUUUCAACCAUACAAACAAUGCACCAAACACAGACAGAAUCAACUUCUCAGCAUCAUUGAAAGAUCAAUAAUCGAUAUCGCACAUGUCCGCUACCAGCUCUCGAUCAGUAUCACGGUCUGGAACUCCCCUCGGUACCAGACCGCAUUCAAUAACAACAGCUGCAACAUCAUCAUCGUCGCUAUCAGAACCACGUUUAAACAAUAACAACAGCAAUAGCAAUUACUUCUCCUACCCCGUGAGCCGGGUAGUAUCCGGCCUAUAUCGACGAUUUACCGAACCACCACAGAAAACGAGCGGCAAUAACAAUCACAAUGCAAACAACAACACCAUGAAUCCCACCUCAUCCUCACUCUACACACCACAACGAACCGCAUCACCCUUCCAACCACCCCCUCUCACACCUUUAACCCUCAAAUCCUCCUCCACAACAACCAGCAGCCUCCACCCUCCCAUCCUUUCGCGCGCAUUAGCAGAAGAAAUCCGCCUCCUCAUCCCGCCCCGCCUCCAACUAAUCGAUACCUGGCACCUAGCCUACUCCCUCGAGCGCGACGGCGCAUCCUUGGGUACACUAUACGAGCACUGCAAACAUGUCGCAGAACACAAUCCGCGAGCGGGCUAUGUAUUAGUUGUGCGCGACACGGUCGAUGGUGGAGCGGUAUUUGGCGCUUAUUUAACUGAUGCGCCGCACCCGGCGUCACAUUUUUAUGGGACGGGGGAAUGCUUUUUGUGGAGGGCUAGUGUUUUGGGAGAUGGGCAGGGGAUUUGGAAUGAUUUAUACAACAACCCUAAGGACAAUGAUAAUAGGAAUGAGAAUGGGCAAGGAUAUGAUGAGAUUGGAGGUCAGACAAUGACAGACGAACAACUUCGUCGCGCCGGAUUUCCUCCUCCGCCGAGCGCGGAUACCACGAAUGCUGUUCGAAGCACGACUUUGAGAGCGAGUACACCUACCUCUACCUCACAACAAAAGACUACCACCUCCAACAACAUCAACAACAGCAACAGCAAUAAUCUCCUCCCCUUACCCCAGACCAAAGCAAACAUUAGCAGUGGAACAAGUACCCCAGAAAGAAUACGAUUCAAAGCCUUCCCUUAUAGCGGUAUAAAUGAUUAUAUGAUGUUUUGCGAAACGGGGUUUUUGAGUGUUGGUGGAGGGGACGGCCAUUACGGUUUAUGGAUAGACGAUUCAGUCGAAAAGGGCGUUAGUGAUUCAUGUCCCACGUUCGGGAAUGAGCCUCUGUCCGAUGACGGGACGAAAUUCGAUAUUUUGGGGGUGGAGAUUUGGUAUAUUGGUACAUAAAAUAACCAGUUGUUUAGGCUCUGUUUAGUUUGAUAGAUACCUACCUAGUUACACGGGCUUGAUUGCAAUUGAUGUUGAUAUAUCGGUGUUCAUUAUUGCUACCUAACUACUUGUGUGGUUGACUACCGCAAUAGAAAUGAAGGAAGGAAUUACUCAUACAGUGCACGGGAGAAAGUAAGUUGAUAGAGCAGCAAUAUCAUUGAACUGCGCAUGAAGAAUCAUAUCAAGGGUAUGAGCAUAAACAUAAGUGAUAUCCGAGUAUAAAAUCAAAGUGUAGAAGUAAAGGGAAACGCCAUUUCCACAAAAACAGAAAACCGUUCAACCAUUGCAUUGAGAGAGAAAGAAGAAGAAGAAGAAGAUUUAAUAAGGAGAGUUCACAAUAUCAUUCCGACCCAAACGGUGAGCGGCACUCCUUCGCACCGGAGUCAUGGGUAAAGGACCUGCAAUACUCUCGCGAGUAGGCUUCUUGAAGCUCUUCUUUUGUACCAUGUUGACCUCAUUUGGAAGGGCAACGAUGACAUUCUUAUCCGAGCCGAAGCGGAAAUUGUCUGCCAUGACGUUCUCUCCAUAUCGCUUGAUGGUGUAUGGAUCCUUUCUACCGGCGAGAACCUUCUUCAAGUUCCAGGUGAUAAUGAACGGACCGGUUGCAGUAAUAAUUGAAGUCUCUUCACUGUCGACACCAGUAUUGAAACGAGCAGGUGUAAAUGCCAGAGGCUGCUUGGUCUCGUGCUGGAAUUGAGCGACAUGAGCUGGCUGCAGACCCAGACGCCGGGGUUGGGGUUUGGAGUCCUUGGCAAAGGACUUUUCGAAUCCGAGCUUGCCUUCAUUCUUACCAUCCUUUUGCAUGGCGUCGAUCAAAAGCAAGUAUGUCCUGCAGGUAGCCAAAACCCAUCGACCAUCGGCAGAAACAUCAAGACCGAUAAUAGCUUCACCCAAGGCUGGAAUAUGAGUCUUGGCGUUGAUACCAAGACGAUCAAACAGACGGACAUCACCCUUGUUAGAGGCCACAGCGAUAUAACCUUUCUCUGUUGUUGCGGCAGCAGAGAAAUCAUUCUUGCUUGCGUAUUGCUUCAAGUUAGCAUCAACCAGCUUGUUGCCAGAUUGACGUGGAUCGACACGGAAAAGAGCAUUGUUGGAGACACCCAAAAAUGGUUGUGCCGCGGUCAUUUGAGAGAAUUUCUGUUCUGGAGCAAAUGUCGUGACACCAAUGUCAUCGUGAACCUUCCACUCAUCAACAACUUUGCCGUAUUCAAGAUCCAUACGAUACAGAGCAUUAGGAUUGGAUCCAUCUUGCAAAAUCAUGUUCGAAUCUUCGGCGUGAAGCAUGACUUUCUUAGGGCUGAACAGUUUGCCCCCUGGCGUCUCCACUUUAGAAAUGUUUGUUGAAAAUUCAAGGUUGUUAUUAGGAGUGUGCUUAAAGACACCAAUCUUAGAGCCCCGAACGACAAACGACCGAUCGUGCUUGUAGCCAACAGCAAGCUGAGAGUUGACGUUAUCGUCUUUGAGUCCAGUGAGAACAUCGUCUUCCUCCUCGUCGGUAUCAUAAUGUUCACUCCGUUGACCCUCAU